GUUCCAUAGUGCCCUUUUCGGCGUCGGACAAACCGCCAUUCGUCGAUAUGCGCAUUCACACAAGAUCUGGCCCUCCAACAGUCUAACAUCCCGUACCUCUUCCCAUGGCAGAACGCGACCGCCGCCUCGCAGACUACGAGAAAGUCAGCCAGCUCGGCAGCAAAAUGGAAGGCGAGCUCACGUUCCAGCGCCAGAAAAUCGAAUCGCUUAAAACUGAGAUUAGCAAAAUCUCCGAUAUCGAGGGCGUUCGCGCUAGUCUAGAGGCUGAGAAGCAGCGAAACGAGAAAGAGCGGGACCAGCUCUUGAUCAUCCGCGACACACUCCGCGAGGAGGUGCAGCAACAUCUCUCCGCGACGCACGACGCCAAGAAGGCCUCGCUGCAUGAGAACGACACGGCGACGCAGUUGGCGGCGCUGGAGCAGCGGUUGAGGCAUAUAGAGGGGACGAAUUUCCAUUUGAAAGAAUACAUUGCGACCAAAAACGCCGAGAGCGAUUACAAGCCCCUCGCGAAACAGGUUACGGAACUCAUGGACGAGAUGAAUCAGCAGAUCAUCAAGAUUAUGGCCAUUCCGCCCGCGCGCUGAUGUAUCCAUGAUCUCUGACCAAAAACGCCUGUAUGCACUCGUGAUGUACAUCCGUUGUGAUAUACCAGAGGGAAUCCAUACCAUGGUAUCUGUCUAUGGGACGUCUAGAUACCGUGC